AUGGCCACAAGAGGGAACGAUUUCUUCAUUGCUGAGGGAAUAGCUCCCCCAGAAAGGAUCCUGUUUCCACCGGAGAAGAUUUACAUGGUCUGGCAGCAGCAGCAGAGUGCUGGAGCGGGGCUGUUCAAUGUGGGCAACACGUGCUUCCUCAACGCUGUCCUGCAGUGUUUGACCUACACCCCGCCACUGGCCAACUACCUGCUGUCCCGAGAGCACAGCAAGGCCUGUCAGCAGCAAGGUUUCUGCAUGAUGUGCACCAUGGAAGCACACGUUAACAAGGUCUUGCAUUCCCCUGUCCGACAAACUUCUUCUUUCUUAGGCAUAGGAGAACAUUUUCAGCUGGGUAUGCAGGAAGAUGCCCAUGACUUCUUGUGCUGUACAGUCAAUGCCAUGCAGAGAGCUUGUCUGAGCGCAAGCAGCGACUUGGACCUCUCUUCUGAAUCCACUACCAUCAUCCAUCAAAUAUUUGGGGGCUUUCUGAGAUCCAGAGUCACCUGCUUCAGCUGCAAAGCCGUUUCUGACUCCUACGAGGCCUUCCUGGAUGUUCCUUUGGAUAUCAAUGCAGCCUCGUCCCUCACUGCAGCUCUGGAAGAGUUUGUGACACCUGAGCAGCUGGAUGGUGAAAACUGCUUUAAAUGCAACAAGUGUAAGGAGAAGGUUGCUGCCUCCAAGAGGUUCACAAUCCACUGUGCACCCAAGGUUCUGACGGUGUGUCUGAAACGGUUUGACUGUUUGACCGGCGGGAAGAUGAACAAGGCUGUGGAGUACCCCGAGUACCUGGAUCUCCGCCCGUACAUGUCCGAGGCCGAUGGAGAGCCCCUCUAUUACUCCCUGUAUGCUGUCCUGGUGCACAGUGGCGACAGCUGCCAUGAAGGACACUAUUUCUGCUACACCAAGGCCAGCAACGGGCUGUGGUACCAGAUGGAUGAUGAGUGUGUGGAGCUUCGUAGCAUUGACACAGCUCUCGGGCAGCAAGCCUACCUGCUGUUUUAUGCCAGAUGCUCUGAUCUGAGGCUUGGACAAAAGGCUUCUUCCUCGCUGGCACCAUCAUAUGCCCCAUCCAUCCUCAGUCAGUGGGCAGCCAGCAGCAAGCCGGUGGCUUCUGUAGUCCCACAGGUUUUGCCUGACAGGACAAAGGACAUGGUGCUGAGUGUGGAAGAUCCUGGCCAGGAGGAGGCGCAGAGCGGAUCCCCACUGUGGGGCAAGGAAGCCUGCAGCUAUGUUAUGGACACCACAGGCUGUGAUGACGCCACAGGGAGGAACACGGGCCCUCCAUGUUUUGGCCAUGAUCAGCAUGUGGAUGAUGCACCUUCAGGGCCUUCCAACAGGAGCUUGGAGUCGGCGUGUGGACCUGGGGAUGCUUGGGAGGAAACCCUGCUGAGGCAGAAAGAGACAAGCAGUUCCGUGUGGAGCGGCUACGACCUCCACAGCAGAAAAUAA